CCCGGCCCUGCCCGCAGUGUCCGCCACCCCCUCCCGCCGGCUGCCCCGGGUCUUUCUGUCAGCCGCCAGCACCCCCUGGCUGGGACGCUCCGCCCCUUCCCCCCGAAGCCCCUCCCUCCGCUCCAUCUGUCAGCAACACCCCCCCCCCCCGACCUCGCUGCUGGCUCGGGCACCCUGGAGGCGUGAGGGUGCCGCCGCCGCCGCUCCCGGGGGUCCGAGUAGCCCCCGCGGGCCACACGGCUGCAACGAGGGGGUUGUGGCGGGGCAGUGGGGGUGUCCGCAGAUGCCCGCCGGACCAUGUGAGGGUGCGUGUCCCCGUGUGCGCCGACUGUGAGCACCGCGUGUGCGCCCGAGCGCCGGGAGGGGAGCGCGGGGGGCGGCCUGACCAACGUGGGGCGGAGAUGCCGGGCGGCCGAGAGCCGCUUGCUCCAAGUCCCUCGGGCCGGCUGCGUCCUGCGGGGAUGGGGGCAGUCCCAGGCUCUGGUCCGCUCGGCCAGGGAGGCAGCUGAGCCGGGACUCGAGCCACUCUGGGUGCAGUAGACUUCUCCAUCCUGGGACCGGUGUUUGCCCUCGAGAAGGCAGCGAAGCUGGGCUCUGGCUCCCCGGAUGCCGCAGGUGGCAUGACUGGAUACAACUGCAGAAGCAACAAGUGAACCUUUAAAGAUGCAUAUGGGGCUGCACAGAGAGAAGAGAGAAACUGGAGAAACCAAGGAAGUAAGGAAAAAGUUUAAUAGGGAAAACUUGCUUUCUGCAAACAACUGAAAAAGCCGCCCUCGGAAGCUGUUCCUUUGGGCCUCAUGGAGCAGCUGGAACCUGUGCUGUGAGGCCCCCGACAGGACGAACUGUCGCCCACUGAUCCCCCAGCGCGGCUGUCGCCAUGGCCAGCAAGAGGAAGUCCACCACCCCAUGCAUGAUCCCCGUGAAGACCGUGGUGCUGCAGGACACCAGCGCCGAGGCCCUGCCCGAGGAGCCCCCGGUGCCCGAGGGGCCCCCGCAGGAGCCGCCCCCAGAAGCUCCCACCGCCAGCGGCGAGGCCACCCAGGGCACCAGCGGUCCAGACAGUGCCGCACUGGCCAACGGGCACCGGAGCACCUUGGACGGCUACACAUAUGCCUGUAAAUGCUGUGACUUCAGAUCCCAGGACAUAACCCGGUUUGUGGGACACCUGAGCUCAGAGCACACAGACUUUAGCAAAGACCCAAACUUUGUAUGCACUGAAUGCAGUUUUCUGGCAAAAACUCCCGAGGGGCUUUCUCUGCACAAUGCCAAGUGUCACUCGGGGGAAGCCAGCUUUGUGUGGAAUGUGGCCAAGCCAGACAAUCAUGUCGUCGUGGAGCAGAGUGUCCCCGAGAGCACCAGCCCUCCCGACCCAUUGGGGGAGCCACACAUGGAAGGGACAGAUGGACAGGCGGAAAUCAUCAUCACCAAAACUCCAAUCAUGAAGAUAAUGAAAGGCAAAGCCGAAGCCAAAAAAAUUCACACGCUCAAGGAGAACGUCCCCAGUCAGCCUGCUGGGGAGGCCUUACCGAACCCUUCAGCUGGGGACACGGAGGUGAAAGAGGGGGACCACGCCUUUGUCAACGGGGCAGCCCCGGUCAGCCAGGCCUCUACCAGCUCCGCAAAACCCCCUCACUCGGCCAACGGGCCCCUGCUGGGGACGGUGCCGGUGCUGCCCGCGGGCAUCGCCCAGUUCCUCUCCCUCCAGCAGCCGCCCCCGCACGCCCAGCACCACGCCCACCAGCCCCUGCCCACGGCCAAGUCCCUCCCCAAAGUGAUGAUCCCCCUGAGCAGCAUUCCCACGUACAACGCGGCCAUGGACUCCAACAGCUUUCUGAAGAACUCCUUCCACAAGUUCCCCUACCCAACCAAAGCCGAGCUCUGCUAUUUGACUGUGGUCACCAAGUACCCGGAAGAACAGCUCAAGAUCUGGUUCACCGCCCAGAGGCUGAAGCAAGGUAUCAGCUGGUCCCCGGAGGAGAUUGAGGACGCCCGGAAGAAGAUGUUCAACACGGUCAUCCAGUCCGUCCCCCAGCCCACAAUCACUGUCCUCAACACCCCGCUGGUUGCCAGUGGCGGCAACGUCCAACAUCUCAUCCAGCCCACUCUGCCUGGCCACGUGGUGGGCCAGCCAGAGGGCACAGCCGGGGGACUUCUGGUCACUCAGCCACUGAUGGCCAAUGGGUUGCAGGCACCCAGCUCAUCUCUCCCCCUGGCAGUCACAUCUGUCCCCAAGCUGCCCGCCGUCGCGCCCAUUAACACCGUGUGUUCCAGUACAACGUCCGCCGUGAGGGUGGUGAAUGCCACCCAGUCCCUCCUCACGGCCUGUCCUAGCAUCACCUCCCAAGCCUUCCUGGAUGCCAGCAUCUACAAAAACAAGAAAUCUCAUGAACAGCUGUCAGCUCUGAAAGGGAGCUUCUGUCGGAACCAGUUCCCAGGACAGAGCGAAGUUGAGCAUCUGACCAAAGUGACCGGCCUCAGCACCCGUGAGGUGCGUAAGUGGUUCAGUGACCGCAGGUACCACUGCCGGAACCUGAAGGGCUCCAGGGCCGGGCUGGCCGGGGAGCACGGCGCCCUCCUCGUCGACUCUGUGCCCGAGGUGCCCUUCUCCCUGGCGUCCAAGGCCCCGGAGGUGACCUGCCUCCUGACAGCGGCCACCCCAGCUACGCCCCCUUCUGCCAAGCGACAGUCCUGGCACCAGACCCCCGACUUCACACCAACCAAAUACAAGGAGCGGGCCCCCGAGCAGCUCAGAGCCCUGGAGAACAGUUUUGCACAAAACCCCCUUCCUCUCGACGAGGAACUGGACCGCCUGAGGACCGAGACCAAAAUGACCCGCAGGGAGAUUGAUGGCUGGUUUUCAGAGAGACGGAAAAAAGUGAGUGCCGAGGAGGCCAAGAAGGCUGAGGAGGGCGCCUCUCAGGGGGAGGAGGAGGCCGCCGAGGACGAGGGGGAGGAGGGCUGUGCCAGGGACCCGAGGGUCCCAGGGGAAGAUGGCUCCCCAGAAACGCCCGGCAGCCACGUGCUGGCAGAACGCAAAGUCAGCCCCAUCAAAAUCAACCUCAAGAACCUGCGAGUCACGGAGGCCAACGGCAAGGGCGAGCUCCCGGGGCUGGGCGCCUGUGAGCCCGAGGACGACGUGCCCCGCAGGCCAGCGGAGCAGCUGCCGGGCAAGCUGAGCUGCAGGAAGACGGCCCAGCAGCGGCACCUGCUGCGGCAGCUCUUCCUGCAGACGCAGUGGCCCAGCAACCAGGACUACGACUCCAUCAUGGCCCAGACGGGCCUGCCGCGGCCCGAGGUGGUGCGCUGGUUUGGGGACAGCAGGUACGCCCUGAAGAACGGCCAGCUCAAGUGGUACGAAGACUACAGACGGGGCAACUUCCCCCCCGGGCUGCUGGUCAUCAGCCCCGGCAACCGGGAGCUGCUGCAAGACUAUUACGUGACCCACAAGAUGCUGUACGAGCAGGACCUGCAGAGCCUCUGCGACAAAACCCAGAUGAGCGCCCAGCAGGUCAAGCAGUGGUUUGCCGAGAGGAUGGGCGAGGAGACCCGGGCCGUGGCCGACACGGGUGGUGAGGGCCAGGGCCCCAGCGACCCCGCAGCAGUUCACAAAGGGAUGGGCGACACCUAUUCAGAGGUGUCCGAAAACAGUGAGUCAUGGGAACCUGGUGCCCCUGAGGCCAGCUCAGAGCCCGUUGACACGCCGAGUCCCCAGGCUGGACCUCAGCUGGGUAAGGAGCCUGUGGGGCUGUGCCGUCCUCUGUGGGUCUGGGGGGCACCUGUGGCAGGCACGGAAUCCAGUGCCGGGGCAUCUGCUGUUUCUAAGGCUGUCUGGCAGCAGGACCAUGUUGUCUGGCUGCUUCAGGGGGCACCUGGCAGCAGGAUCCGUUGGCGCAUCAUCAUGGGAUAAAGGCUUGACACUUGGCUUUUUGUUUCGUGUUUGUGAGACCGGCACAGGGGAAGGAGUGUAGUGAACCUCCAAGGGCCCACCCUUCUCUAGUCAUUUCUUAGCCAAAGGAGAAUAGGUCAGAAUGUCACCUGAGCCAGAUAGAACCACGAGCACUGGGUAAGAGAGAGAAUAGGACUUACGAGGAAGUUCAACCCCAGCUGGUGAACAAAAGCAGAGGGAGCCUUUAAUUGACCUUAGAUACAUGAAGUGCUUUUUUUUCUAAAUGAUGAAAAAUCCUGUAAUUUGCAUUUCAAUUAUUCUUCCUGAUGUAGAGGUAGUGGAGAAUCUUUUUCCCAUAACGUGGACAUAGACAUAGACAUAACGUGGAAUAGACAUAACGUGGAAUCGAAAGCUUAGACAUAACGUGGAAUCGAAAGCUUGAAUUUUGUUCCUCAUUUUCUCUGGAUCAGGACAGUAGUACUUGAAAGAAAGCUUUAGAAGAUUAUUUUACUGAAGACAGUUUGAAGCCUCAGACAAAUCACGUUAUUGGGUGUUGAUUUUCUCGGGUCUUGAUCUCUGAGUUCCUGGCCUCUCCCUUCCCUCCCACCCUC